AUUAUACAACUUGAUGAAGAAGAUGAUGAGAAUUUAGAUGAAGAAGAUGCGGCUAAGAAAAUCGAACAAGCCGAAAAGGAAGAAGAAGAAGAACCUGAAUCAACUAUUUAUCUUCCUCAUAGAUCAAAACCUUUAGGUCCUGAUGAAGUAUUAGAAGCUGAUCCUUCAGUUUAUGAAAUGUUACAUAAUGUUAAUUUACCAUGGCCAUGUUUAACUGUUGAUAUUUUACCUGAUAAUUUAGGAAAUGAAAGAAGAACUUAUCCUGCAUCAGUUUAUGUAACAACUGCAACUCAAGCUUCUCGUAAUAAAGAUAAUAAUUUAAUUACUAUGAAAUUAUCUUCAUUAGCAAAGACUUUAGUUAAAGAUGAUGAUGAUGAAGAUGAUGAAGAAAAUGAAGAUGAUGAAGAUGUAGAUCCAAUUAUGGAUAGUGAAUUAAUUCCAUUAAAGGAUACUACAAAUAGAAUAAGAGUAUCUCCUCAUGCCUCUCAAACAGGUGAAUAUUUAACUGCCACUAUGUCUGAAAGUGGUGAAGCAUUAAUCUUUGAUUUAUCAUCUCAAUUUAAAGCAUUUGAUACUCCUGGAUUUAUAAUUCCAAAGAGUGCAAAAAGACCAAUACAUACAAUUAGAAAUCAUGGAAAUGUCGAAGGUUAUGGUUUAGAUUGGUCACCAUUAAUUAAUACUGGUGCUUUAUUAACUGGUGAUUUAUCUGGUAGAAUCCAUUUAACAACUAGAACUACUUCAAGUUGGGUUACAGAUAAAACUCCAUUUUUUGCAUCUCAAUCUUCUAUUGAAGAUAUUCAAUGGUCUACUAGUGAAUCUACAGUAUUUUCUACUGCUGGUUGUGAUGGUUAUGUUAGAAUUUGGGAUACCAGAUCAAAGAAGCAUAAACCUGCUUUAAGUACUUUAGCUUCUAAAUCAGAUGUAAAUGUUAUUUCUUGGUGUGAUAAAAUAAGUCAUUUAUUAGCUUCAGGUCAUGAUGAUGGAUCUUGGAGUGUUUGGGAUUUACGUAAUUUUAGUGCUAAUCAAACUCCAAGUCCAGUUGCUAAUUAUGAUUUCCAUAAAUCUCCAAUUACUUCUAUAUCUUUCAAUCCAUUAGAUGAAUCAAUAAUAGCAGUUUCAUCUGAAGAUAAUACUGUUACUUUAUGGGAUUUAGCUGUAGAAGCAGAUGAUGAAGAAAUUUCCAAUCAAAGAAAAGAAUCUAAAGAAUUAAAUGAUAUUCCACCUCAAUUAUUAUUUGUUCAUUGGCAAAAAGAAGUUAAAGAUGUUAGAUGGCAUAAACAAAUACCUGGAUGUUUAGUAUCUACUGGUGGUGAUGGAUUAAAUAUUUGGAAGACAAUUUCAGUUUGAUCACUGAAACUUUCAUAGUUAAUGUAAUUUGAAGUUAAUACUGUAUACUAGUCAUGCUCUAUAAUAGCAUUUAAUAACGCUUUAGAUAAAUAUAUUACGAUGAAUUCCCUAUAAUAAAAU